AUGAGUUCACAACUCUCACACGAGGACCAGACCACGCCGUGGGAGGCAAAGGUUCGCCGAGCCUCGGCAGAGAUCGGGCGAGUCACGUUGGCGGUGGAGGGCGUGGGCACCAUAGCGACCAAGCUCGACCCAACGGGAACAGCCGAGGCGGCUGGUCAGCAGGCGGAGGAUGAGCCGGCAGAAGAGGCAAUGAGGGAACCGCCGCUAAGGCGGAAGAGCAGCCAACUGAGAGUUCCAGCGGUGACUAAAAAUCCAGCAGUGGAUGGAACACCCCCGACAACCACCAUCGAGCUCGCCACGUCAUCACCAGCCAUCGUCGAUGAUGUUCUGUCUGUCUAUGCGGGUCGACCAGCUGAAGAGGUUGCGCCGGACAAGGCGUUUCUAUCUGCUGUCAUUGUUCCAACCUUGAUGACCAUCAGGCAACAUCAGAGAGCGCGAUUGAAUCCUUCAUGA